CCGGGUGUAGCUUCUGGGCUCGUAGUCCGCGUCUCUCUGUGGUGCCCUGACAGGGUUGGGCGGAGUUUGAGGGCCCUGUGCUGACAGCUGGGAUACAGUGGUGUACAGAACAGAGCCAUUCCUGGUCUUCAUGGAACUUACAGUCCAGGGGGUGAGAUGGACAUUUCUCCAGGAAACCCACAAAAAUAUGGCGACUAUCAAAAGGGAAUAGGAUCAUGGCAGCAGAUGAUGACAAUGGUGAUGGAGCAAGUUUAUUUGAUGUCUUUUCUGUUUCUCCACUUAAAAAUAAUGAUGAAGGCUCAUUGGACAUAUAUGCUGGGUUGGACACUACUGUUUCUGACAGUGCUUCCAAAUCCUGUGUACCUUCCAGAAAUUGUUUGGAUUUAUAUGAAGAGAUCCUGACUGAAGAAGGAACUGCAAAGGAAGCAACAUACAAUGAUUUACAGGUAGAAUAUGGAAAAUGUCAGCUGCAAAUGAAAGAACUGAUGAGAAAGUUUAAGGAAAUACAGACACAGAAUUUCAGCUUACAAAGUGAAAACCAGUCUCUUAAGAAGAAUAUUUCAGUACUUAUCAAAACUGCCAGAGUGGAAAUAAAUCGCAAGGAUGAAGAAAUAAAUAAUCUUCACCAAAGAUUGUCUGAGUUUCCACAUUUUCGAAAUAAUCAUAAAACUGCAAGGACAUCAGAUACAAUUAAAGCAAAAGAUCUUAAAUCCAGAUCUCCAAAUUUGGAUGAUUGUUCCAAGACUGAUCACAGAGUGAAAAGUGAUGCUUCUAAAGAUACACAUCGUAGCACUUCACCAAACCUGGAUAAGGAAGGAAAAUCACAUUCUGAAAAAAGGAGCACUUCAUAUUUGCCAUCAUCUUUCGAAAGACAGUGCACCAACGGCACUUGGUCACGUUCCCAUCAGGUUGGUGAGAGUAGCUCAAAAGAGGAUAAUAGAAGAGGGAGAAAAGAUAUUAGACAUAGUCAGUAUAGUAGAGGAAUUGAUAGAAUACGAAAAGACUUUAGUACUAGUUGUGGUGAUGGUGAAAUGAGGAAUAUCGAAGCUAGUCAAAGGCUACAGGGGCGUCCUGAGAAAUAUGGUAAAGGUGAACCAAAGGCUGAAAGUAAAAAUUCCAAAUUUAAAAGUAACACAGAUUCAGAUUAUAAAAGUGAACGUAUUAGUUCUUGGGAGAAAGAGACCUCUAGAGAAAGGUCACACACUCGAGUAGAAUCUCAAAGUGACAAAAGACUAGAAAGACAAGGUGAAAGAUCACAAAAUAUAAAUAGAAAAGAAAAAUCACAAGACAGAGAAGAAAGUAAGGUUGACCAAAAACCUAAAUCGGCAGUAAAGGACCAGGAUCAUUGGAGAAGACCUGAACGCGCAUCGCUUCCUCAUUCCAGGAAUGAAAUAACAAAAUCUUUUCAUAAUGCAAGCAAAUAUCAUCUAGAAGAGAGAAGAGGAAGGGAAGAGUGUAAAAGAGAUAGAGGUGUAAGUAAUCAUAGUUUUCAAGAUGGAAGAGUGCCAUCAUCUCUUACAAGCGGUAGAUCUCACAAACACAUUGAUUCCAAGGAAGUUGAUGAUAAACACCAAUGGGAAAAUACAUCUUUAAAAGCAGAAAGGCAUAGAACUGAAGAAAAAAGGAAAAGAGAACGAGAAAGCAAAGAAGAAAACAGGCAUAUGAGAAAUGAAAAGAAAACACCCACAGAACGUUUGCAGACUAACAGAGAAACUAAGAAAACCACUAUUGAUUUGAAUAGACACACUGACCCAAAAAAUGAUAAAGGUGGAGUCUCCAAAAAUGAAGUUUCUGAAAAUGCAGAUAAUAAGGAACUUCCAAUGAAAGCUGAGAGUGGUCCAAAUGAAACAAAAAACAAAGACUUAAAGUUGAGUUUUAUGGAAAAAUUAAACUUAACUCUUUCUCCUGCUAAAAAGCAGCCGAUUUCUCAAGAUAAUCAGCAUAAAAUAACUGAUGCUCCCAAACCCAGUGGCAUAUGUGAUUUGGAGUCCUUGGUGCAGGCUAAAACAGUGACAUGUCUUCCAUCUGUCAAUGAACAUAUCACAGAGGAAACUGAACCAAAGUUACUGGAACCAAAAGAUGCUCUUCCAGCAGCAUCUGAACUCAGGAUCAGUAUUCCAGAAAGCAAAAUCAAAGAGGAAAAUAGUUUGUUAGUUAAAUCUAUUGAGAAUACUAUGCACUGUGAGGUUUCCCUUUGUGAUAAAGUGACUUCCUUCUCAGCAUCUAUGGAAAUGGAACAUAUGGAAUCUUUGUUUCCAUCAUCAACAGAAACGAAACAAACUAUUAAUGGUGCAACCGCAGCUCCUAUAGUAAUGGACUUACUACAAACAGACAUUUCCCAAAGCUUUGGCUUGGACUUGGCUACCAAACGAAAUGAUGGUUUGAAUUCUUAUGGUUUUUCUGAAGGUGGGGAAACAAAGGUGGCUUUUUCAAUGAAAGUGACUGAAUCCAGUGAAAGUGUUUUGCAGCCUGCAAUUGAAGAAACUGGCAUUUUGCCAAUAAUCCUUUCAGCAGAUGGUAACCCAAAAUUUGAGCCUUCUCUUGUGGAUACCCCGCUUGUUAAGAAUAAGUCUUGUCCUUUGGAACCUUGCUUACCUAAAGAGACUCUAGAAUCUUCACUUCAGACUGAGUUAAUGGACCACGGAAUUGAAAUUGGUGAAACAAACUCAGUAUAUCAUGAUGAUGAUAACUCAGUUCUGAGCAUUGACCUUAAUCACCUGAGACCUAUUCCAGAAGCCAUCAGUCCUCUGAAUAGUCCAGUGAGACCUGUAGCAAAAGUUCGUAGAAUGGAAAGCCCGUCCCAAGUUCCGUUAUAUAACAACAGUCAUAAAGAUGUGCUUCCACCAAACUCAGCUCAUUCUACCUCUAAGAGUCUGUGUGAUGAUCUCAAUAAGGAAAAUCAAAAGCCAAGUCUCAAACCUGACAAAUGUACAGAAGCAGAAUCGUGUAACAGUUCAUCUUCAGAUGAAUUAGAAGAAGGAGAAAUUAUAAGUGACAGUGAAAAAUCUAAACCACAAAAAAGUUUUGAAAAAAAUGUUAAACCUAGAGCAUCUGCUGAAGCACAGAAUUCAAAAACUAGCCGGAAAAGUCCUAUGCAUUUGGAUAAAGACAAUAAGAAACCAUCCUCUGUAAAAAUCCAUCAGACCAAUGGCAAAUGGAAUAAAACAUCAAGUGAAUGCAGCAGAUCUUCAAAAACAGGGAAGAAAGAUAAAACAAUGAAUACUUCCAGUCUGGAGAAAAUAGUUGAGAUUAUUGCUGUUCCAUCUUCUGUGCGAGAGGUUAUGCACAUGUUACGAAUAAUAAGAAAGCAUGUAAGGAAAAAUUAUAUGAAAUUCAAGGUAAAAUUCUCAUUAAUACAAUUUCAUAGAAUUAUUGAGUCAGCAAUUUUAAAUUUUACAUCACUUAUUAAACACCUUGACUUAUCAAAAAUCUCUAAGUCAGUGACUACUCUACAGAAGAAUCUCUGUGAUGUUAUAGAAUCUAAACUUAAGCAAGUUAAAAAGAAUGGCAUUGUUGAUCGUUUAUUUCAACAGCAACUCCCAGAUAUGAAAAAAAAAUUGUGGAAAUUUGUAGAUGAACAACUUGAUUAUUUGUUUGCAAAGCUUAAGAAAAUUUUAGUAAAGUUUUGUGAUUCCAUAAACUUUGGAAGUGAUAGCGAUGAGGGAAAACUUGAAAAAAAAAGUAAAGAGAAAGCUCAGUAUUCAAAUUGUCAGGAGGGGAAUGUGAAGAACUCUGACAAAGAAAUGCUGGAAGUAAAAUCCUCAAAAUCAGAAGAAUCUCUUUACUGUAAGUCUUUACUGGAAUGUAAAAAGUCUGAGGAGAAACAUCAACACCAAAGUAACUCCAGUAUCAGCACAGUAAAGCAUGACAUUAAAAAAAGCUUUAACACCUGCCUUGAUAAUACAAAGAACUCUCCAUCAAAAGAGCACUCCUUGGCACUAAACUGUCCAGACACCCCAAAGCCAGAAAAAAUUGGAAGUGGCAUUGUAGAAGAUGCACAGGCACCCCAGCCUGCAGCUUUGAAGCCAGAACGUAGUUUCGAAAUUCUUACUGAACAGCAAGCAUCUAGCCUUACUUUUAAUUUAGUGAGUGAUGCUCAGAUGGGUGAAAUAUUUAAAAGUUUGUUGCAGGGUUCUGAUCUUUUAGACAACAGUGUUAACUGUCAUGAAAAAAGCGAUUGGGAGUUGAAGACUCCGGAGAAACAGCUACUAGAGACUCUGAAGUGUGAAUCUAUACCAGCUUGUACAACAGAAGAACUAGUUUCAGGAGUGGCUUCUCCUAGUCCUAAAAUGAUUAGUGAUGAUAAUUGGUCAUUAUUAUCAUCUGAGAAAGGUCCAUCUCUGUCUUCAGGGCUUUCGUUGCCAGUUCAUCCUGAUGUGUUAGAUGAAAGUUGUAUGUUUGAAGUGUCCACUAACAUAGCUUUAAGUAAGGAUAAUGUAUGUAGUUUAGAAAAGAAUAAACCCUGCAUUUCUUCGAUACUUCUUGAAGAUCUAGCUGUCUCUUUAACAGUACCAUCACCUCUGAAGUCAGAUGGUCAUCUCAGUUUCUUAAAGCCCGAGGUUUUGUCUAGUUCAACUCCUGAAGAAGUUAUUAGUGCCCAUUUUAGUGAAGAUGCCUUACUUGAGGAAGAGGAUGCAUCUGAGCAAGAUAUUCAUUUAGCUCUGGAGUCUGAUAAUUCAAGUAGUAAAUCAAGUUGUUCAUCAUGGACAAGCCGGUCUGUUGCUCCAGGCUUUCAGUACCACCCUAAUCUACCUAUGCAUGCAGUCAUAAUGGAAAAGUCCAACGAUCAUUUCAUUGUGAAAAUACGGCGUGCUGCACCAUCUACCUCCCCUAGUCUUAAACAGAGUAUGGGGACUGAUGAAUCAUUGGCAUCUUUGCCCAGAGAAGGAAAGGAAGCUGAUGAAGCAGCAGAGAAAGAAUAUAUUUUAUGUCAAAAUUCAGUUUUUAAAACUGUGGAUGAAUUGGGAAAUUCCAUAAAAAAUGUUGAUGGCAGUAAAUUGACUGAUAAAGAAUCAAACUCUGUGAUACAAACACAGGUUCCUGAUAUAUAUGAAUUUCUUAAAGAUGCCUCAGGUAAAGAGGGUAGUAGUGAUGAAGUGACUGAUGAAUGUUUCAAGUUGCAUCAAGCAUGGGAACCAAAAGUAUCUGAAAGCAAUGAAGAAUUGCCUCCAAUGGAACAAAUUCCACAAUCUGUCAAGGAUCAUCUUCCAAAUGCAUAUAUAGACCUAACAAAAGAUCUGGUCACUGAGACCAAAAACUUGGGAGAGCUCAUAGAAGUAACAGUUUUAAAUAUUGAUCAUUUGGAAUGUUCUGGAGGCAACCAGAACCAAAAUGCUCGAAUAUUAGACGAUUCUUUGCAGCCUGAUACUGUAGAUGCUUUUAUUGAUUUGACACAAGAUGCUUCAAGUGAGAGUAAAAAUGAAGGUAACCAUCCUUCUUUAGCUGUUGAAAAUUUGGAGUGUCAGGUGAUAUGUGUAGAUGAAGAAAACUGUAAGGAAGAAAAGGUGCAUGUGGUAAAUAGAUCUUUGGGAUCCGUUGUUGAGAAAUCCUAUAUUGAUUUGACCACAGACUCUUCCAGUCCAUGUGAAGUAAAAAAGGAUGAUUUAAAAUCAGAGCCGGCUUCAAAUUCUCAUAGUUCAGAGUUGCCUAGGACUUUGGAUAGUGCUCACAAAAAGAGAAAAAACCUUUCUGAUCUAAAUCAUUCUCAGAAAAAACAAAAAAAGGAAACAGACUUAACCAGUAAGGAAAAGGCCAAGAAAAUUACUCAAAAUUCAAGUGAGAAUGGUGAAACUCUCCAAAAGAAAGCCAGUAACAAAAGGGUUCCUGCAGUGAAAUUAACGACAAGUCCAGGGAGUAAGGAUCCGUCAGCCACACGCACCACAUCUCCUAUGAGCCUUUCUGCAAAGAAUGUUAUAAAAAAGAAAGGAGAGAUUAUAGUUUCAUGGACAAGGAAUGAUGACCGGGAAAUUUUAUUGGAGUGUCAGAAAAACGGGCCAUCAGUGAAAACAUUUACUUAUUUAGCCACCAAAUUGAAUAAAAAUCCAAAUCAGGUCUCAGAAAGAUUCCAGCAGUUAAUGAAGCUCUUUGAAAAGUCAAAAUGCAGAUGAGUUGCUGAAUUCCUUGGAGUCUUAAUUGAUUUUGCAUGAUACAAAGAAGCUUGGAAUUACUCAUGUUUUAAAUGGGGAAUUAGAGGUUUUUUAAAAUCACAUUUUGAUCACUAGAUGAUAAUCUACAUUUGUUAUUACUUGCUGACUCUUUAGUCUCAAGUCAGUAUCUGCAGCUUGUUCCAGUCUUCAGUAUGAUUUGCUUACCUGCCACUAGUCAAGAUAUUUAUUUUUGAACAUAUGAGAACUUGUUUUCAAAAUAAAGACAACAACAAUAUAAUAUUGAAAGCUUAGUUUUGAUAUUGCAAAGAAAUGAUUUCCUUUUCUAAAUUUUUGAAAAUAGUUUUGUAGCAUUUUAAACUUAAUAACUAUUUGGUUCAAGUUUUCUCCCAUUCUUAUUUGCCUUUUUAACUGCCUCUCCUCAUUUUGUUACAUUGUAAAAUAAUUUAAAUAGUAUAUUUGUAAAUAUGUGUAAUUAUAAUGAUGUAUAAAAUACUGUGUGUAUGUGUACGCAUAAAUGGCUUUGUUUA